UUAUUGUUUUACACCUUUGGUUUGUUUGUAAACAUGGUAGCAUGGAAAAGCAGAAACGUAGUAUUAUCAAAGAAAAUGUGUGGGUUAUGUUCGUGGCAACAUUUAUUACUUAGAAACGAGUGAGGUUUUAUAGUUUCCACGUCGAAAACUUGGGAAUUUUUAUAGUGUGCAAAAGUUAUUGCAAUGUUAAGCGGACAAGUAAAUUGUGCAAGGGUAACUCGUGCCUUAAAAACGGUAUUUAAGUUAACGCAAAGUGUUAAAAGACAGUUUUCUGAAAAUGCUGCGGCUUCGACUACAGUGUUUCAAGAGUCAAGACAUUUAGAAGAUUCUUCACACGACAAGUGUCAAGAAACGAAAUUAGUGAAAGUUGCUAUAAUCGGUGCACCCAAUGCUGGUAAAAGCAGUUUAAUCAAUCAGUUGACUGGCAGAAUGCUGUGUCCUGUAUCCAAGAAAGUGCACACGACAAGAUGCCGUGCUCGGGCUGUAUCAAUUCAAGACACCACUCAAAUAAUAUUUCUUGAUACACCUGGAUUGGUUACAGCUACAGAGAUGCAAAGGUUCAAUUUAGAAGAGUCAUUUCUACAAGAUAGUGAACUUGCAUUAAUGGAGGCAGACUUACUUGGAGUCAUACAUGAUGUUAGCAACCGUUGGACAUCUGGAUCCCUAGAUGCCAAAGUAUUGCGAUUACUUGAGCUAUAUCCUGAGAAAUCGUCGUUUUUGGUUCUGAAUAAGGCAGAUCUUGUGAAAAACAAACGAAAAUUGCUGGAGUUAGUGAAUGUGCUGACAGAUCACAAUCUGAGGAAAGAGACGAGGAAUCCAAAGAAAAUGGAACAACUUUCUGAAGCUAAAGUCAAAGACAUUGUGAAAGAGAAAUCAGGAUGGGGAAACUUCAGUGAGGUGUUCAUAGUCUCAGCCCUUAGUGGAGACGGAGUUGAUAAAAUUAUGGACCAUAUUUUGAUGGCAGCUAAACCAGGAAAAUGGCUGUAUGCACCUUCACACAUGUCUGAUGUUUCACCCAAUAAAUUAAUAGCACGGACAGUGAAAGCUAAACUGCUUGAGCACUUCCCUCAAGAAGUUCCGUAUAAUCUCAAAACAACAGUGGAAUAUUUAGAUGACAGUAACUCUGAUUUGAUAACAGCAGUAGUGGGAGUAUAUUGCCCAACCGCUCGAAUUCAGAAGCUUGUUAUUGGAACUAAAGGAAGAAAAAUCCAGAUGGUCGCAAGGGAAGCAGAAGUGGACUUGAGAAAUGCAUUUCAUCGAAGUUUUCACCUUAAAAUUGCUGUAUCGUCUCCAAAGAAAUAAAUGUAUUGUUUUGUUUACAAAA